CCUUGCCGUGGCACGUGUGAUUAAUCAACAUCGUACUCACUGUACAACACAGAGGAUAAGGUCAAUUUCUAGAGAAAAAUCCAAAUUAUAUGUGAUAUGCAUCGAACUAUAAAAUUGAAAAAUUUAUCAUAAAUGAGUUAAAAUUUCGAAAACAUGGCGGAAAAAAGAGCUGGUGAAAAUGUGAAAGACAUUAUAUCUGUUUUUAAGGUUUUAGCCAACACGGACCGAAGUGUAUUACCAAAUGAGCGUAUUUAUUAUGAGUUGAAAAGCAGUUUUGAAGAGUUGCUGCUCUUGAACUUGUUUCUGUUGCGGCGUAAACUCGAAAAUGAUUUCAAAGAUGUAAAAUCUUUCUCGAAAAUGACGAAAAUUGUAAACUUCGUUUUUGCCCAAAAUAUCGAGUCAGGAACUAAUGGAACUAAUGUACGAUGGAUAUUUAGUGAAGUUUGUUUGGAAGCAUUAUACUUGUUAAGAAGUAUUUUACACAAUACAAAUAGCUCACGAAGUAUUUCCAUGGAUUUAAGCAUUGGUGAUCAACAAAUUGUUAAAACUGUAAUUCAGCUGAUUACUGUGUUGAAAGUAUAUCCAAACCUUGUCGAUGGAGUUGGAGUAGCUAUGGAAAUGCGAAGUGAAUUUGCCCAUUCGUUGAAGGCAGAAGAAAAAAAAAGUGUAUGCUCGAAAUGUCUGCAUAAAUGUGUAUCAACUUUGAUUGACUGCUUGAAUGAGCCUAGCUUGAGUGUGGUCAUCUUAUCAAAACAUUUGUGUGAUAUUUUAACUUCACUUAUGCAACUUGGAUAUUGUAAGGAAAGUAUACAAGAUCAUUCAAAACAGAUGCAAACUUCAUUUUCAAGUUCCAGUGCUUCAUUAGACAUGGACAAUGAAAAUAAAUGUAAUGUUAACAAUAAAGAAAAGAUAGAAGAUGUUACCAAGACAGAUAGUAAUAAGGUCAAUGGCAUCUUAGUUACAAGCUCUUGUUGUAGUAAUGAAAAUCUAACACUUUGUGGUGAAAGUGACGCUUCCAUUACUUUCUCAGUAUGUGAAGGUGGUUUAUCUAUUUCAAAAAUUCAACAGAAGAUGUGUCAAAAGUCUUUGAACAAAAUUGUUGAUAAAAUGUAUCAACCAUUGAUUGUACGUGAGUUGUUAUUUCUGCAAGGAAGUAUGUUGAAGAAAUCUCAUGGAAAAAAGACAGAAACACCAAAAUGGAUGAAGAACAUCUGUGGUCAUUUAUUGUCAAGGUGCUUGAUGAAGAAAAAUGGUGUUCUUAAUGUUUUAACAGCUGUUUUUGAAGGAGUUUCAGGUUUGCCAAGUGAAUGGAAAAUUUGUGAAAUGAUCAGUGAAGUUAUAUCCAAUUGCCCAUUACAAAUAAAAACUAUCAAGGAAUAUUACUGGAGCAUUUCAUAUCAGCUUUUGCCUCUGCUUCAUUUACCCUCAUCAAAACUGCAGUAUCGAUAUUGCCAGGCUGUUGUUAUGACUAUUCAUGCUAUGCUUCGAAAGCAUCCAGAAAUUGCUACAAAAUGUCUCACAGAGCCUCUUGCAAAACCUUUUUUUCUUGCCUGUCAAGAACAGGAGUGUGUUAAUGGAGAUUCAAGCAAAGGAAACAUUUUACUGGAUGAAACUCAAAUAACACAAUCUAUUGAAGGAUUACAUAAGGUGUUUGUUGCAACAACAGAGUGCUGUGCAAUCAUGAAUCAAACUCUAAGUGAAAUAAUUAUUCCAGUCUUUGAGCUGUUCUGUUUUGUCAAACAAUCUGUUUCUUAUAUCAAAACUGCUUUAUUGGAAAUCCUUUCAACAUUUUUCAAACGAACUGACAAGAAGACUUCGUUGUUAUCACUUUAUAUGUUUAUUUGUAAGGAACCACCAAGUGUCACAAUGCAAACAUUUCUCUUCAAUUUUACACACUUAUCAAUGGAGGAAGUGAACAAAUCGACAGACGGUCAUCCACCUUCGGAAAAUUACGGAGAUUAUUCGGAUAUAACGAUAGCACCUAGUGAAGUGAUUGAAACAAAAAUGCUUUUUAUGCGGAAAGAUCGUACCUUUGUUUAUGGUGAAAAUGGUGGUGUUAUACUUAUUAAAAUAAAUCCUGUAAAUGAAGAAACUGUAGAUGAUAUUUAUGAGGAACUUCUUGGAAAAGGAGAGAAACGCAUUGAGAUGCGUGCUCUGUGUUUGGUCGAAAUACUCCAAACUCUACGAAAUGACGUAAUUCCUGGAAAUUUCUUCCUGUUUCUUCUUCAGCAAGUACAAGAAAUAAUUUUUGAUUCACAUUUCUACGAAAGAGAUAAAAAGAAAGUCCUUCUCAUUUUUCACGUUUUGGCAGUGAUGUGUGAGAAACUUGGACCAUCUGUGCUAAAAAACACAACCCAAAUGAUUCAAUUUAUUGGCACGACCCUUACACGUGCACAUCGUGUGUCUAUGGAACGUCAUGAAGAUGUGAUGUUUGAAAUGGAGACAUUAAGCAUGUCUCUUGGUAUGCUAUCUGCAUUACUAAGUGGAGCUGUGAAGAUUGAAGAUGCUGACUACGCCAAACUGGAGAAACUGACUCCGAUUUUACGUAAUAUUUCUGAAAGUUAUGGUGACCAUGAAGUAUCAGAACAAGCGAACGAUUUGCUUGUGUUUAUACUCACUAAAACGACAAUUCUUUCCGAAAAGAACAAAAAGAUAGAGUCAAACAACUUGGAAAAUGGCCAAGGAUCUAAGAGAAAUGAAAUAGAUGGCACAGAUUUCGAUACAGCCUUCAAGCAGCUUUGUGAUCCAUUGCUGCCUGUUCGUGGGCAUGCAAUCAUACGCCUUGCUGCUCUUAUUAAAUCUGGCGAUAAAAAAGCAUUAGGGAAUAUCGACAUUUUGGUGAAGACAUUUCGUGAUAACCUUGUCCACGAAGAUAGUUAUAUCUACCUUGCAGCCAUCGAGGGCCUGGUUGCUGCUGCUGACGUAAGAAUGGAUGACGUCAUAACAUAUCUUGUUACGGAGUUGACGAACAGUGUACAUGUGAAUAUGGUUUGCAGAAGAGAUUGUACACAACUAAAUAAAGGCAGGGAAAACAAGGAAGAAGUCAUUCAAAGAUCUUCGAACAUUCGUCUAAAGCUUGGUGAAGCAUUGCUUCGUGUUGUUAAAUGUUGCGGCUAUCUUGCUCCCAAAUAUUUCCACAUGUUGAUACACGUAUAUCUUGUUGGUGUUCGAGACGAAGAUAGUUUGAUUCGAGCAAGUAGUUUAUCAAAUCUUGGAGAGAUUUGUCAACUGUCUCCUCAUAUGGUGUCUAACGUUAUUGAAGAAAUACUUCAUUGUCUUCACGCUGUUUUGAAGUCAGAUCAUGCGUGUGAAGUACGCCAAGCUGGUGUAUUUGUUAUCACUCUACUUUUCAAGGGAUUAAAAUCUGACGUAAUAACAGAAUUGUCUGACCAAAUCAAAUCUGUUUAUCGCCUUUUGAAAUGGGUGAUAUCCGCUGAUGGUGAUAUGACAACGCGUACUCACGCACAGGUAGCCCUAGGUGUGCUGGAUAAUAUUAUGAAGGAUCAGCUUUUUCCAGAACAGAAGUAUAUGAAGAAAAUUCGCAUUUGAAAGUCAUGUUUUACGCCUGGUGAAGGAGACAUAUUUACAAUUCAAGAUAUCAUGAACUGUUAUUAAACCAGUCAUUAGACUUUGUUAUUAGAAACCCCACGUAAAUGUGUGUUUGCUGUAACAAGUCAAAGCUAAAUUUAUGAUUUAUUUUUGCGACUUGCA